AUGGUGCUUGUUCAAGCUUUGGCUUUCAUUGUUGUUGUGUUGAUAUUAUUUAGAGGUGGUCACAAGGUUGAAGAACUCAUCUCUAAAGCGCGUCUACAUCUCGCUUUUGCACACCUGAUUGCCAAAGGAAAUAUAUUUGUUAUUGUUGCUCUUUCUGCAAUGUCUAUCAUUGUGAUAUCUGGUUUUAAAUUUGCUGCAACUUUCCAAGAUUCCGUGGCCAUUGCUCGUUGGGUGAUGCUUCAAUCAAUCCUCGCUGCGUUUAUUCUCUUCCUCAACGGCGUGUUUGUGGUGACAAUUAUAACCAUUUUUCCUGUCCUUCCUGCAGUUUUUGCCAUGGAAAAUAGACUAAGCAGCAAUACUGGGUGGACAACUUUUUAUAAUUCUAUUGUGUUAUGAUCCAACGUUGUAGCAGAUUUUGUGUGUUACAACUUUGUAGCGGAUUAUUCUUCUUCUUCCUGCAUUUUUUGUGUUACGACUUUGUUUAACUUAUACUAUUUUAUCAACUACCAAUUUAUUUCGAGUCCCAAAAGUUUGUGGGUAUAUUGGCUAUUGAUUGUGUUUGUAUGGUAUUGCAGUGAAUAUUUUAGCUUUGGGAUUAGCAAAUCUGAUUGGAGGACUUUUUUGUCAU